AGCGCCAUCGUUCGAGGCGGGUCGCACAUUCCACGGUGCUCCACUCUGCCUACUCCCCUUCGCUUAAGAAGCGAUUUUUUUUAAAUGCCAUAGCCUUAACCACAAACCUGCCAGCCGUUUAAACCAAACUCAAAUACGAACCGAAACUGCCUUCACACAAGUACCUAAACCUAACCUAAAUAGCUGCCAAAAACAAAAAAAAAAAACAAAAAAACCGAAUACCAAAUACCUUAUAAUACAAGAAAAUCCAACAAUACCAUAAAAAUUCCACUAAAAACCGUUAAAUCCGUGAAUAAACGAUGACGGGAUCGCCGGGAUCCCGGAGGAGUCACUCGGGGUCGCUGCUCCUGCGGCUCCUUGCCGUGGCCUUCGUCCUCAACGCCUGCCACGUGCCGCUGACCAAUGCCAAGCAAAUAAACAACUUUAACGAUGACCUGGACUUUAUUCCCGCCGAUGACCUGUUUCUGCAGGGCAACAAUGAGGCCAAUGAGCUGAAGGCCAUUGACAAUGAUGCCGACGAUGACGAUGUUGAAUCCUUCCCGGACGAUUUGGCCGAUGAAGAGGACCUGCUGCCCUCCGAUGAAAAGGAGGAGGAGACCGGCGGCAACUGGUUCAGCAAGGGCGUCCAUCGCGUCCGUCGCUCUCUGUCGCGACUGUUUGGUGGUGCUGAGGAAGAGGACAGCCGCAGCCACCAUCGCGUGCGUCGCGCAUCAUCCAAGGCCCGCCAAAUGGAGCUGCGCCGCAGGGCUCGGGAGGCCAGGGAGCGCAGGCAGGCCGAGCUCCGUGAGCUCCAAAGGCAGCGCCAGCUGCGCGCCGGAACGGGAAGUGUCUUCAACCGCGCCACUGAUCCCCGAAAGCGGGCGCCCGAGGUUUAUGAUGAGACCGAGGCGUCCGGUUCGCCUGACGAGGAGAUCACGCAGUAUCGCACAUACUUUGCCGUCAAUGAGCCCUACGACAAUGAUUUCACGGAUCCCAGCAGCGUUGCCUUCCAAACUCUGCAAAAGAACCUGGAUGACGCGCUGCGCGUCUUUUUCGAUCGCACCUACGCCGAAUACGAUGACGAUCAGGAUAUUCACAGCACCCUGCUGCAAGUGGAUCCCACCGACGACCGCUUCAAGGUGCACGUGCUGCUCAAGCUGCAGAUCCCCAACCGUAUCACCGACUUCCAGAGCAAGCUGGAGAGUCAGCUGAACGAUUACAAGCGAAUCGAAAAUUUGGGUGCCUCCACGGACAACGUUUUCUACUUCCAGGAAUCGCAAGAAGGCAACGAGGAAACCCCACCGAAUGUUGAAACUAACACGGCUCCAGUGGUGAGCUCAAACCCGGGCAACGUUGGCCUGGCUGCGGCCCCGCGAUCGGACUUCUUUAAUGUAAUUGGCCCACGAAUUCCGGGUCUGGCCCAGUCUCUGUUCCCCCCCAAAGAUGACGAUGAGGAACUAAACGUACCCCAAGCUUACAAUCCCGUCAAUCCCGAUGUCGAGGGCUCUGGUAAUGGCGAUGGUGUCGACGGGUGUCGCGGCGACGCCACAUUCACCUGCAGUCGUAGCGGAAGGCGCAUCUGCGAGGAGAUGCGUUGCGAUGGCGUGUCCAACUGUCCCGACGGCGAGGACGAGGAUGGCUGCUUUGCGACGGUUUGCACUGAAGAUCAGUUCAAGUGCGACGACCAGUGCCUGUCGCUGUACAAGCGCUGCGAUAAUGUCAUCGAUUGUCAGGAUCAGACAGACGAGGCCGGUUGUGAGCGGCCCAGGGAACCGGAAAUUGUUUACUCGACCCCAGAACCUGAACGUAACGUAACGGAAUCUCCGGAAUGCCAAGCGAACGAGUUCCGUUGCAACAAUGGCCAGUGCAUCGAUUCCAGGAAGCGUUGCGAUUACACGCUGGACUGCGAAGGCGGCGAGGACGAGGAUGCUGAGUGCCCCGCCGCCUGCAGCGACAUGGAGUACCAAUGUCGCGAGGGCACGCACUGUUUGAGCCUGAGUCAGCAGUGCGACGGCCAUGCCGAUUGUGCCGACGGCGACGACGAGGAGGACUGCCCCGGAAGUGGCUCCAUUGAGGAUGAGUGUCGGUUCGAUGAGUUCCGUUGCGGGACUGGUGAGUGCAUACCGAUGCGUCAGGUGUGCGAUAACAUUUACGAUUGCAACGAUUACUCCGAUGAGGGUAGCUGCGACGAUGACGAAGAAGGGCCAACGGAUGCCGUGGGCAUUCCCUUGGGCGGCUAUCGCCCACCGCGGCCUCAUACCAGCCGACCCAAGGGCAACGGCCUGGACGCGGAGGACAUGUACGAGUACCAGGUGGUCUACCAGCCGAGCAACGUCUACGAGAAGGCCAAUUCCCACAAUCCCUGCGCGGAAAACCAGUUCCGCUGCACCACCACCAAUGUGUGCAUCCCGCUCCAUCUGCGCUGCGAUGGCUCGUAUCACUGCAACGACAUGAGCGACGAGCGGGGAUGCGAACAGUACCGCCGUCCGGCAGUCUCCACCCGGCGUCCCGCGAUCACGGUCACUACGUGGUCGCCGUGGCAAGCGCCAGGCCAGCUGGAGCAGAGCAGCACCACCACAACCACAUCAGCGCCAAGAACCGUAACCAGAACCACCACGACCACCGAUGCACCGCCUCGGCGAGAGCCCUCUCCAACGAGGCCAUCACCAACAACCACUAACCCAAUAACAACAGUCGGCGUAGCGAGCAACCCAUCACUGUCUCCCUCAUCGGCGGCGGGGAUUGGGGGCAACUGCCUCGAAAACAUUGAAUUCGCGUGCCACAAUCGCGAUUGCAUUACGAUUGAGAGCGUCUGCGAUGGCAUCCCCGACUGCGGCGACGCGGAGGACGAGGACUAUGCGCUCUGCAACUGCAGCGGCGACAAGUACAAAUGCCAACGCGGCGGCGGCUGCAUACCGAAGGUCCAGGUGUGCGAUGGCAAACCGCAGUGUCGUGACCGCAGCGACGAGAGCGCCUGCCACCUCCAUGGGCGGUUCAAUAGAACCCGCCUGGGGGUCGAGUGCCUGAGCCAUCAGUACCAAUGCGGCGACGGCAGCUGCAUUUCCGGAUAUAAGCGCUGCAACGGCAUCACCGACUGCGACGAUGGCGCCGAUGAGAACAACUGCCCGUUUACCUACGACGACAACUACGACACCGACCCGGAAAACAAUCCGCUGAAUGAAUGUGAAAUCCUUGAGUUUGAAUGUGACUUCGGUCAGUGCCUGCCGCUCGACAAGAAGUGCGAUGGCAACAUAGACUGUGACGACGAGACGGAUGAGCUCGAUUGUCAGUCCUAUACAGAGCAUUGUCUAGAGAACGAGUUCGAGUGCGACGACUACUGUUUGCCCCGAGAUCAGCUAUGCAAUGGCAUUGCCAACUGCAACGAUGGCAGGGACGAGCGCAACUGUACCUUUUGCCGGGACGAUGCCUACCUUUGCAACACCGGUGAAUGCAUUGCCGACACGCAGCGUUGCAACGGCAAAGCCGACUGCGCCGAUGGCAGCGACGAACGUCACUGCGCCACAGGGACCCGACACUACGACACAACCACUAUGAAUGUCCUUGUUCCAAAACCGAGUCCAGUUCCAAUACCAAGACCCAGGCCCUGCCAGUCCCAUCAGUGGCGUUGCUCGAGUCUCGAGUGUAUUGAUAUCGAUUUGCGCUGCAAUGGGAUCGAUGAUUGCGCCGACGGAUCCGAUGAGGGUCUGACCUGCUUCGAUGCCACCAACCGACUCAAGCCCAGCGACUGUGCCCCGGAUCAGUUCUUCUGUGACGAGUCGUGCUACAACCGCUCGGUGCGGUGCAACGGCCGAGCGGAGUGCGCCGACGGAACCGAUGAGGCGUCAUGUCCGCCAACCAACUCGUUGACAUGUCCGCAGUACCAGUGCCGCUCCAGCGGCAAGUGUUACUCGGAGAGCGAGCGCUGCGACCGCCGGCGUCACUGCGAGGAUGGCUCCGAUGAGGUCAACUGCUGUGCCGACAACCAGUUCCGCUGCCACAACGGCGACUGUGUCCAGGGAUCGGCUCGGUGCGAUGGCUAUCCCGAGUGCUCCGACGGCUCCGAUGAGAUCAACUGCGCCGGCUCCCUGGAGUGCCAGCCCAACCAGUUCCGCUGUGACAGUGGUCAGUGCGUCAGUUCGGCGGUGCGAUGCAAUGGCAUUACGGACUGUCGCGAUAGCUCUGACGAGCGCAACUGCGGUCAUCAUUCUGCCGAAGGGAAUACGGCCAGGCCCACGACCACCUCUAGCACCACCACAACCACCACCAGCAGCACCACCACGGCAUUGACCCCGCUGAGAAUCCUCUGUCCACCGACAACCUUUAGGUGCGACAAUGGACCCUGCAUCUCCCUGGCCAUGCGCUGCAAUGGAAGGAUUGAUUGUCCCUACGACAGCAGCGAUGAGGUGGACUGCGGUCCCAUAAGCAACGAGAUUGAUCCCUCCGAUCACAACCAAGGAACUCGCGGAUCAUCAACCGUGCUGAAUCUCAAGACCUAUCCCGACAGCCAGAUCAUCAAGGAGAGUCGCGAGGUGAUCUUCCGUUGCCGAGACGAAGGUCCUGCCCGUGCCAAGGUCAAGUGGUCGCGUCCCGGUGGUCGUCCCCUGCCGCCCGGCUUCACGGAUCGCAAUGGCCGCCUGGAGAUACCCAAUAUACGCGUUGAGGACGCCGGCACCUAUGUGUGCGAGGCUGUGGGCUAUCCCAGCUACACUACCGGACAGCAGGUCACUGUCAACCUUAAUGUCGAACGCUACAACGAACUGGCUGCCCGUCCCUCAUCAGCCUGCAACGAGUACCAGGCCACCUGCAUGAACAACGAGUGCAUCGACAAGUCCGGCAUCUGCGACGGCAUCCCCCACUGCUCGGACGGAUCGGACGAGCAGAGCUGCAGCCAGGGCAGGAAGUGCCAGCCCAACCAGUUCAUGUGCUCCAACUCCAAGUGCAUUGAUCGCACCUGGCGCUGCGAUGGCGAAAACGAUUGCGGUGACAAUUCCGACGAGGCCACGUGUGACCCAGAGCCAAGUGGUUCCCCCUGCCGGUAUAGCGAGUUCCAGUGCCGCAGCGGCCACUGCAUCCCGAAGAGCUUCCAGUGCGACGACGUUUCCGAUUGCAAGGAUGGCAGCGAUGAAGUGGGUUGCAUUGCCCCGCUGCCCAUCCGUCCACCCCCACCGGUCAAGAACCUCCUGGAGGGCGAAUCCCUAGACCUGACCUGCGUGGCCACUGGCACUCCAACGCCGACGAUUGUGUGGCGCCUCAACUGGGGUCAUGUGCCCGAAAAGUGCGAGUCCAAGAGUUUCGGCGGCACCGGUACCCUCCACUGUCCGGACAUGAGGCGCGGCGAUAGCGGUGCCUACUCCUGCGAGAUCAUCAACACCCGGGGCACCACCUUCGUCACUCCCGACACCAUUGUGACGGUGACGCAGCAGAGGACCGAUGUGUGCGAGGCUGGGUUCUUCAACAUGCUGGCCAGGAAGGCAGACGAGUGCGUCAAGUGCUUCUGCUUUGGCGUGGCCACCUCCUGCGAUAGCGCCAAUCUCUUUACCUACGCCAUUCAACCCCCAAUCCUGUCGCAUCGCGUGGUUAGCGUGGAGCUAAGUCCCCAUCGCCAGAUUGUGAUCAAUGAGGCGGCUCCUGGACAAGAUCUUUUGACCCUGCAUCAUGGUGUCCAAUUCCGGGCUUCGAAUGUCCACUUUGGUGGUCGGGAGACACCCUACCUGGCUUUGCCCACGGAGUAUAUGGGUAACCAGCUGAAAUCCUAUGGAGGUAAUCUCCGAUACGAGGUGAACUACAUGGGCAAUGGACGACCCAUUAACGGACCGGAUGUGAUCAUCACCGGCAAUCGCUUCACCCUCACCCACCGGGCACGCACCCAGCCGGGUCAGAACAACAAGGUGAGCAUUCCCUUCCUGCCGGGCGACUGGCAGAAGCCCGACGGUCGCCGGGCCACGCGCGAGGAGAUCAUGAUGAUUCUGGCCAAUGUGGACAACAUACUCAUCCGGCUGGGCUACCUGGACAGCACUGCCCGCGAGGUGGAUCUGAUUAACAUUGCCUUGGACUCGGCUGGAUCCGCGGACAAGGGUCUGGGCAGUGCCUCCCUCGUGGAGAUGUGCACCUGCCCGCCUGGUUACAUUGGCGACAGCUGUGAGACCUGUGCCCCCGGCUAUGUACGCCAGCCUGGUGGACCCUGGCUGGGACACUGUGUGCCGUUUACUCCCGAGCCCUGCCCGGCGGGCACCUACGGCGAUCCGCGACGCGGUGUGGCCUGCAAGGAGUGCCCAUGCCCGCAUGGCGGCAGCAACAACUUUGCCAGCGGCUGCCAACUGAAUCCGGAUGGUGAUGUGCUCUGCUCCUGCCACGAGGGCUACACGGGCAAGCGCUGCGAGAGCUGUGCGUCUGGAUACCAGGGUGAUCCUCUGGUGCCCGGAGGCAGUUGCCGCAGGAUCCCCGACUCGACUUGCAAUGUUGAUGGCACUCUGAGCAUUAAUCCCGAUGGCAGUUGCCACUGCAAGGACAUGGUAACCGGCGACAAGUGCGACAGCUGCAGGGCGCAGAGCUUCCACCUGAACUCCUUCACCUACACCGGCUGCAUGGAGUGCUUCUGCAGUGGCCUCCAGGUGGAUUGCAGCAGCAGUUCCUGGUACCGCGACCAGGUGUCCAGCACCUUUGGUUCCUUCCACAACCGCGUGAACCAUGGCUUUGAGCUGGUCAAUGACUACACCCGCCCGAAUCCCGAGGCGUUGCCGGUAGCCUUCUCGGAGGUGCACAGUGAGCUGAGCUUUAGCGGAUCGGCGGAUCAUGGUGGUGACACCUUAUACUGGAGUUUGCCAGCGGUUUUCCUGGGCAACAAGCUGACCGCCUAUGGAGGCAAGCUUAGCUACACCCUCAGCUACAGUCCCCUGCCCAGUGGUAUCAUGUCCCGGAACAGCGCACCCGAUGUGGUCAUUAAGAGUGGCGAGAAUCUGAUGCUCAUCCACUACCGCAAAUCCCAGGUGAGUCCCAGUGCGGCCAACACCUAUGCGGUGGAGAUCAAGGAAAGCGCCUGGCAGCGCAGCGACGGCCAGUUUGCCAAUAGGGAGCACGUCCUGAUGGCCCUCAGCGACAUCAAGGCCAUUUACAUCAAGGCCACCUACACGACCAGCACCAAGGAGGGAUCCUUGCGUCAGGUAACUUUGGACACGGCCACCACCACGAAUGUGGGCACUCCGCGUGCCUUUGAGGUGGAGCAGUGCCGCUGCCCCCAGGGCUACCUGGGACUCUCCUGCGAGACCUGCGCCCCCGGCUUCAAGCGUGACCAGGACUCUGGACUCUACCUGGGUCUGUGUGUGCCCUGCGAGUGCAAUGGUCACUCCAGCCAGUGCCAUGGCGAGACGGGCGAGUGUGAGAAUUGUGCCGACAAUACCGAUGGACCCAAUUGUGAUCGCUGCGCCGCCGGCUAUGUGGGCGAUGCCACGCGCGGCACUCCCUACGACUGUGAACCGGACACUAGCAUCUAUCCGCAGCCGCCGCGUCCGCCACCUGGAAACCAGACCGACUGCAGCAGGUGGUGCCAUGAGGAUGGCACCCAGACCUGUCCCGAUGGCUACUGCCAGUGCAAGCCCAAUGUGAUGGGUGAUCAGUGCGAUCAGUGUCGUCCAGGCACCUACGGUCUGUCUGGACGCAAUCCCGACGGCUGCAAGGAGUGCUACUGCUCCGGCCUGGGCACCCAGUGUAGCUCCGCCAAGCUGUACCGUCAACAGAUACCGGUGGACUUUAUUCUGACGCCGCCGCUGCUGACCGACGAGAACGGCGACAUCGAGGGCGAUGUGUCGCAGGAUCUGAGACAUGACCUGGCCACCAAUAUGUACACCUACUCGCAUCUCACCUACCUGCCCAAGUACUGGAGUCUGCGCGGCAGCCUGCUGGGCAACCAGCUGCUCGCCUACGGCGGCCUCCUUCAGUACCGCCUAGUGGUGGAGUCCUACGGCACCUACCAGCCCGGUUACGAUGUGAUCCUUAGCGGCAAUGGCUUGAAGCUGAUAUGGUCGCGCAGCGACGGGGAUUCCGAGGCCGAGGCAUACAGUGUCCGCCUGCACGAGGACGAGAACUGGCAGCGCAAGGAUCGCGGCUCGGCACGUCCCGCCUCCCGUUCCGACUUUAUGUCGGUUCUGUCCAACCUGGAAGCUAUCCUGAUCCGCGCCACGCCCAAGGUGCCCACCGAGCGUACUUCGAUUGGUGACAUUAUCCUGGAGACAGCGGUGUCCGUGGCCAUGCCCGGUGCCAUUCAUGCCGCCGACAUUGAGGUGUGCCAGUGCCCGCCCGCCUACACGGGCAACUCCUGCGAGGUCUGUGCCCCGCUGCAUUAUCGCGACGCGUCCGGAGUAUGCCGUCAGUGUCCCUGCGAGGCCGCCAACAGCGAGUCCUGCGGAUUGGGAGCCAGCGGAUAUGUGCAGUGCAAGUGCAAGCCGCGCUGGAAGGGCGACCUCUGUCGCGAGAUCGACAAUGGCAUAGCUCCAACCCCGACUGAUAAUGACUUCAGCCAGAUUAUUGUGUCCAUUUCCAAGCCUGAGAUCACCAUUGUGCCUGUGGGAGGAUCGCUGACCCUCAGCUGUAGCGGCUACAUGCGCAGGAAUAAUGAUCCUGUCUAUGUGAGCUGGCACAAGGAGAGCGGCCACAUGACCCAGGAGUCCGAGGUUCGUGGAGGAACGCUGCAUUUGUACAACCUGAAGAUCGAUGAUUCUGGCACUUACAUUUGCCGUGCCGUCAGCAAUGACACCGAGAAUCUGUUUGAGGAUCGCAUCUCCAUUACCAUUACCACUGAAAGCCAACGCCGACCCGCCCAGAUUGUUAACCUGCCCAACCAUGUUACCUUUGAGGAAUACCAGCAGAAUGAUAUUGUUUGCGAGGUGGAGGGCAAUCCCAAGCCCACGGUCACCUGGACGCGCAUCGAUGGCCAGGUGGAUGCCCACUCCCGGACCUAUGGCAACAGUCUGAUCUUUGAUUCGCCACGAAAAUCCGACGAGGGUCGCUACCGCUGCCAGGCGGAGAACAACCUUAACCGCGACGAGAAAUAUGUCCAGGUGUAUGUCCAGAGCAGUACUCCGCCGCCGAGUCCACCGCGAGAUCGUCUCUACAUCCAGCCGGAGGAGCAUAAUGGCCAGCCCGGCGAGUCCUUCCGGCUCACCUGCCAGACCACAAGUGCGGCCAACCUAAGGUACGAGUGGUCCCACGAGGGUUACCCACUGACCGCCUCCGCUUCGCGCAACAUCUACAUCAAUGGCAACUCCCUGGAGGUGCUGGAUGCCAGCGAUCGCGACUCUGGCACCUACACCUGUGUGGCCUUUGAUCCGCGCACUCGUCGCAACUUUACUGCCGAUGCCCGUGUCUAUAUUGAACCGCGUCACCAGCCGCCCAGUGUCGAUGGGGUCGGUGCCGUGAUUGUGCCCUUAGAGGAGCUGAUUGUGGUGGAGCAGGGUCGCGAUUUGAGCGUCACCUGUGAGGCCAGCGGCUCACCGCGUCCCUCUGUGAAAUGGACCAAGGUCCAUGACCAGAUGGCCAACAAUGUCCAUGUCAGCGGCAAUGUCCUCACCAUUUAUGCAGCGCGUCCCGAGAACCGCGGUCCCUACUCCUGCAUAGCCGAGAACAUCCAUGGCUCUGAUCAGUCCAGCACGAUUAUCGACAUUGAACCUCGGGAGCGGCCGAGCAUUAAGAUAGAAUCCGAACCCAUCCAGACCGCCUUGGUGGGUGCCCAGGCGUCGCUCUAUUGCACAGCCACUGGCAUACCCGAGCCGACCGUGGAGUGGGUGCGCGUUGAUGGCAAGCCGCUAUCCGCUCGUCACCGCGUUGAAGGUCGCGGCUAUGUUGUGUUCUCUGACAUUAUGAUGGACGAUGCCGGUGACUACGAAUGCCGUGCCAGAAACGAGGUGGGCGAGGCCUCUGGCGUUGCCACCAUAAGCGUUGUGGAGGCACCGCUGGUGGUGAUCACUCCUUCCGGUGACCACAUUCGUCUCACCGAAGGCGAUGAACUGCAUCUGGAGUGUGUGGGCAGCGGCUAUCCCGAUCCCUAUGUGACCUGGACUUCAACAGUUCCACAUGCCCACAAUGCGGUUGAAUCACUCGGCAGGCAAAACCAGGCCGAGAUCCUUGUGUAUCGUGUUACCCAGGCCGAUGCUGGUAUCUACACCUGCAAGGGCUCCAACGAUGUGAGCACCGAUGAGCGCAGCGUCCGUGUUGAGGUCAAUCCCAAGCGCGGCGAUGUGGGAAUACAUGACGACGACGAUGGCCAUAAUCAGGGACUGGAUCCUGGACAGCUUCAGCCCCCACCCCGCAUGGAUCAGCUACAGACGAAUAUCGGCGACAAUGUGACCCUCACCUGCGGCAUUUCCGCCCAGCUGAAUCCACGCUGGGAGCGUGUCGAUGGCACUCCAUUGCCUAGCAAUGCCCACAUUAUACGCAACAGCCUGGUGAUCGUGUACGUUCAGGAGGAGAAUUUGGGACAGUAUCGCUGCAGCGGUGUGAAUCCCGCCGGUCAUGUGGUCUCCUUUGUGGUGCGGGAAUUGGUACAGCUGCCCCUGCCCCAGAUUAGCUUCUACCCGAAGAUACCGCUGAGGGUUGAGGCCGGACGCAACGUGGACAUAUACUGUCAGGUGACAAAUGCACGUCCCGAGGAUGUCUACUGGAGCACCGACAACGGUCGCCCACUGCCCAGCUCUGUACGCAUUGACGGCAAUGUGCUGCGUUUUGAUGCCAUCACCCCAGCUGAUGCCGGUGGCUAUCGAUGCACGGCCUCCAAUAGCUAUGGCAAUCGCACCGAGACUGCCCAGGUGCAGGUGAAGCCACCAUACUACCAGCCGCUGCCCCAGUCGCAGGUGACCCAGGCCCGCGAGGGCGAUAGCAUUCAGCUGCGCUGCACGGCCACCUCGCAGUACGGCGUCGAGGUGAAUGUCAAUACCCAGUUCCGUUGGCAUCGCGAAGGCGGCGAGCUGCCGCACAAUGCCCGCCCGGACAGCCAAGUGCUGAUCCUUACCCAGCUACGGCCGGAGGACGAGGGUCGCUACAUCUGCGAUCAGUACGAUAUGGCCAGAGGACGCAACCUGCCAUCUAGCUCCGUUGAUUUGAAAGUUAUAAGAUACAACCCGAACCCGUUCAAGGGCCACAGCCCCAAAGAUAUGCCCUGCAUGUUUCUGUUUAUCUGUACAGACUUCAAAAGCGGCAAGCUCGCGCCCCCCAAGCACUUGACCUCCGGAUCGGCUGCAGUGCGUCCAGUGCCCCCAUCGACCGUCGCUGCAUAUGCGUGCCAGCCCAGCGACUUCAAGUGCGUCUCGCAUCCGCACACCUGCAUCCGGGCGGGAAUGGUGUGCGAUGGAAUCUACGACUGUACGGAUCACUCGGACGAGUUCAACUGCAUAGCCGGAAGCAGGGGCAAGUCGUCGGCGGGCGGCAGUUUCAAGCGCUGGAAGAAGGAUCUCGGCAGGAGCCACAGGACAACAAGUGGAGAAGAUGGCCAAAGGAACAGGAUCAGGAAGCGGCAUCUCACGGAGCUGAAGGGCAGCGCGGUCGGCCCCGUGCCUCCACCGGUGCCCCACUAUCCCGACUACCUGCCACCGGCUCGUCUGGACCCGCCAGAGGAGCGUCCGCGGGACUAUAGCCUGAAACUGGACCAGCAAUCCUCAAAUCUGCGCGUCGGCGAGUCCACUGAAGUGGAGUGCUACUCCUCCGAUGACACCUACACGGAUGUGGUCUGGGAGCGGGCGGACGGACAACCGCUCAGCAAUAACGUGAGACAAGCGGGCAACCGCCUGGUGAUCAGUCAUGUGGAUCCCACCGAUGCCGGCAACUAUGUGUGCAAGUGCAGGACCGACCAGGGAGAUCUCUAUACCACCAGCUACGUCCUGGAGGUGGAGGAUCAGCCGCAUGAGCUCAAGAGCUCCAAGAUUGUCCAUGCCAAGGUCGGAGGCAAUGCCCAGCUGCAAUGCGGUGCCGACGAGAGCCGCCAGCCAACAUACCGCUGGUGGCGUCAGUAUGGACAACUCCAAGCCGGACGCAGUCUGGCCAAUGAGAAGCUCAACCUGGACAGUGUCCAGGCCAAUGAUGCUGGAACCUACAUUUGCACCGCCGUUUAUGGCGAUGGCGAGACGGUGGACUACCCCAACAUCCUGGUGGUCACCGGCGCCAUACCCCAGUUCCGCCAGGAACCGCGCAGCUACAUGAGCUUCCCCACCCUUCCCGACUCCUCAUUCAAGUUCAACUUCGAGCUUACCUUCCGCCCGGAGAGUGCUGAUGGGCUGUUGCUCUUCAACGGGCAAACCCGUGGCACUGGAGACUACAUAGCCCUCUCCCUGAAGGAUCGCUAUGCGGAGUUCCGCUUUGAUUUCGGCGGUAAACCCCUGCUGGUUCGUGCCGAGGAGCCUUUGGCCCUCAACGAGUGGCAUACAGUGCGCGUGCAUCGUUCCCGUCGCGAUGGUUACAUCCAGGUGGAUGAACAGCAUCCGGUGGCCUUCCCAGCUCUACUCCAAGUGCCGCAGCUGGAUCUUAUUGAGGAUUUGUACAUUGGCGGCGUGCCCAACUGGGAGCUGCUCCCAGCGGAGGCGGUGUCCCAGCAAACCGGAUUCGUGGGCUGCAUCAGCCGGCUGACUCUCCAAGGACGCACCGUGGAGCUGAUGCGCGAGGCCAAGUUCAAGGAGGGCAUCACCGAUUGCCGGCCCUGUGCCGAGCGCCCCUGUGCCAACGAUGGCGUCUGCCUAGAGAGUCAGACAGAGCAGGCCUACACUUGCGUCUGCCAGCCUGGGUGGACGGGCAGGGAUUGCUCCGCCCGCGGUGCCCAGUGCACGCCGGGCGUGUGCGGUGCCGGACGCUGUGAGAACACCGAGCAGGACAUGGAGUGCCUGUGCCCACUGAACCGGACCGGCGAUCGUUGCCAGUACAUCGAGCACCUGAGCGAGUCCAGUCUUAAUUUCAAGAACAACAGCUAUGCGGCCUAUGGAACGCCAAGGGUCACGCGCGUCAACAUAACGCUCUCCGUGCGUCCAUCCAGCCUGGGUGACUCUGUGCUCUUGUAUGCGGCCGAAUCGAGCCUGCCCAGCGGCGAUUAUCUGGCGCUGGUGCUCCGCGGCGGUCAUGUAGAACUGCUGAUCAACACAGCCGCCCGUCUGGAGCCGGUGGUAGUGCGUUCGGCAGAACCACUGCCUCUCCACCGCUGGACUCGCAUUGAGCUGCUGCGGCGCCUGGGCGAGAGCAUCCUGCGGGUGGGCGAUGCCCCAGAGCGCAAGGCCAAGGCUCCGGGCUCAGGACGCAUCCUGUCACUGAAGACGCCACUGUUUGUGGGCGGCUACGAUCGAUCGACGGUGAAGAUUAACCGGGAUGUAAACAUCACCAAAGGCUUCGAUGGCUGCAUCACUCGGCUAUACGAUUCGCAGCGAUCCAUUCAGCUGCUGGCGGACAUCAAGGAUGCGGCGAAUAUCCAGAACUGCGGCGAGCUGAACGAGAUUGGUGGCGGCAACGGGGACAGUGACAGCGAUAGCGAUAGCGAGCCCAUGCCACCGCCAUUGCCUGAGAUACCAGAUCACCACCGCGAUGGAGAUGAACUGCAGCCAUAUGCAAUGGCACCCUGCGCCAGUGAUCCCUGCGAGAAUGGCGGCAGCUGUCGGGAGGAGGAGCAGCAAGCCAUUUGCUCCUGUCCCCUGGGCUUUAGUGGCAAAUACUGCCAGGAGCAUAUUCAAGUGGGCUUCAAUGCCUCCUUCCGGGGCGAUGGCUACGUGGAGAUCAAUCGCACUCAGUUUGAUCCCGCCAUUGAGCAGGAGUACAGCUCUGUGGCCAUUGUCUUUACCACCACCAAGUCCAAUGGCUUGCUGGUCUGGUGGGGCCAAAAGGCCGGCGAAGAGUACACCGGCCAGGAUUAUCUGGCCGUGGGCAUUGUCGAUGGCUAUGUGGAGUACUCCCUGAGGUUGGAUGGCGAGGAGGCGGUUAUACGCAAUAGCGAUACCCUUGUCAAUGACGGAGCUCGGCAUAUUGUGAUUGCCAAGCGGGUGGACAACACAGCCAUGUUGGAAGUGGAUCGCAUUCUGCACUCGGGCGAGACGCGACCCACUCUGGUGAAGAAGAUGAAGCUGCCGGGCAAUGUGUUUAUCGGUGGCAUUCCGGACAUUGCUCGGUUCACGGGCAACCGCUACACGCAAAACUUCACCGGCUGCAUUGUGGUCGUCGAGGGCGAGACCGUGGGCCAGAUCAACCUGAGUCCAGCCGCCGUCAAUGGAGCCAAUGUCAAUGUCUGUCCCGCUCACGAAGAGCUCCUGGGAGGAACCGAACCGCCAGUCGUCUGAGGACACAACCAGCAACCGAAAUUAGCUUUUUAAUUAAAUAACAUUAACAAAAAGAAACCAUUUUUAUAUAUACAACAUACGAGGAUAAGCCCAAGCAAAAACAACAAAAAAAUUAAAUAUUUUAUGGCGUACAGAUAUGGAAACCAAAAAAAAAAGAGAGAAACGAACACUUCUACCACUAAAUUGAAUGCUUCUUCGAUCCUUAAGUCUAAGUUAAAGAUUGUUAGCAAGGAACAAGCGAAUAUCACAAAAAAAAUACACACGCACACCUGUUUUUUUUUUUACGUGAAACGAAACAGAAACAAUAAUGCAGAUAAUGCUGAAUAAUACAAAUACAUAAUGCAGAUAAAGCCUAGGAUUAAACAACUAACUAACUAACUCGAAGAACAACAACAACAACGCAUACUAGCCAACUUGCAACCACAAUAACAACAGCAAAGAACACCAACAAAAGCAAUAAAUGCUCAAUAGUUGAAGGCAUUUUAUAUUUUAUAUUUUUAGUUUCCUAGCUUGUAACUAUAACUAUGACUCUGUUUUUUUUUUUUUAUUAUUAUUAUUUGUUUUGUGAAAACCUUUCCCCAGUGUAAAAUCGGAACACACACACACUCACGUUAUUAAUUAAAAUAUCAAUUGAUACCAUUUAAUGAUAAAAAAAAAAACCAACUAUGAAUGCAACUAUUGUGAACGAACGAAAACUGUUGAGUGGAUAAAAAGCAACAAACGCAACAAGCAGAAGAUAUAUUAAAAAGAAAUCAACAACAA